CGUAAACUUAAUAAAAAACUGGAAACUCAAAAUAUGACUUUACAUGAAAGCUUUUCAAUAAUUGACGAAAUCAAAGAAAAAAUUAAUUCUAUUCCUGGGCCAAAAGGUGCAACACUUACUACAAAAUUAAAUGAGCUUUCCAAUAAAAAUAAAGGUCUAGAAAUUCUACGAAAAAUAAAUGCAGUACUAUCAGGCGAAAACGUUCAGCUCGAAGAUGUUUAUCAAGACCCGAAAAUAAUAAGUUGCUUCAAAUAUGCCCCAACAACUUCGGUUGACGUCGAACGUUCGUUUUCAGUAUUUAAAAAUAUGUUAACUGAUAAACGUCAUAGCUUCACAGAAGAAAAACUUGAAAUGCAUAUGAUCAUUCAUUUUAAUAGUAAAUAA